AUGGACGACUACGUUAGCACCCAGAGCACACCGGGCAGCUUCGGGCCGCCAGACAAAAUGGCGCCCGGAUCCCCGAGCCAGGACAGCAUGGGCGACUCCAUCCCAGAUGACACGCUGGCCCAGAUCAAACAGGAGCUGGCCAUGAUCUCCACCCACAUGCUUACCAAGGCGGACUCCGGCGGUCUCCUGCAAGAACUCAAGACGGCGAUCCGGGAGGAGAUCACUGCACUGCGGACGGACUUGUCGGCGGUUGAAGUGAGGGUGGAGGCCCUGGAGACCGAGGCGCAGGCUUGCCGCACACAGCACCGGGCCGCAGAACUGGCCACCACACGACAGGGGAACAUGCUGCUCUCCCUGCGACGCCAGGUGGAAGACCUGGAGAACAGGAGCCGGCGGCAGAACAUUCGGAUCCGAGGCCUACCGGAGCCGGACACCACCCCACUGCCAGACACCCUGAGGGCCCUCUUCCGACAGAUCCUGGGCCAGGAGGGCCCCAAAGAAAUCCAGUUUGACCGCGUCCACAGGGCGCUAGGGCCCUAA